ACCGUGAAGUGUGAAGAAGCAGUGGGAUCAAGAUAUAGUCAGACUUAGUGGGUUACGAUUAGUUCUCUCUUGUUAUGCUGUGGUAAACCUUUGGAGGGUAAUUUGUAGCGUAACAAGAUUCAGCGUCCAAGUUCUGGGGCUGACCUGCCCCGUAGCACUGAUUUUAUACCUCUUCCCAUUCUUCGGAGGGCAAAUUCUUUACAAAAUAUGAUGAUGGAUGAAGAUGUUGAGCAGGCCAGUCUGAUGUCUUACACUGACAAGCCAAGGACGUUCCCGGAUAUGCGUAGUAAAACCUACAGUCCAUUGAUAAUCCGGAUUCUGAGGAAUUUAAAUGUUCGUGCCCUUUCUGUUCUUCUGCUUUUGAGCUUUGGAGGGAUCUUUUACAUGGGAGCACGUACUUCUCCCAUCAUUGUGUUCGUCUUUGUCGUAUGCAUCAUCAGUUUCAUGUUGUCAGUAUACCUGACCAAGUGGGUAUUAGCCAAAGAUGAAGGACCUCCAGAGAUGGUUCAGAUAUCAGAUGCUAUACGUGAUGGAGCUGAAGGAUUUUUCAAAACGCAGUAUGGUACUAUAUCCAAGAUGGCGUUCUUGCUAGCUUUUGUGAUUCUUUGCAUAUAUUUGUUCCGUAACUUAACCCCCCAGCAAGAGGCUUCUGGUUUAGGAAGGACAAUGUCUGCAUACAUUACUGUUGCUGCAUUUCUUUUGGGCGCACUAUGCUCAGGUAUUGCUGGAUAUGUUGGAAUGUGGGUGUCAGUUCGUGCUAAUGUACGAGUUUCCAGUGCUGCUAGACGAUCCGCAAGGGAAGCAUUGCAGAUAGCUGUUCGUGCUGGUGGAUUCUCAGCUCUGGUUGUUGUUGGUAUGGCUGUGAUUGGUAUUGCCAUCCUGUAUUCUACAUUUUAUGUAUGGUUGGACGUGGAUUCACCAGGCUUAAUGAAGGUUACUGAUCUGCCUCUUCUUCUUGUGGGAUAUGGUUUUGGUGCAUCAUUUGUUGCCUUAUUUGCUCAGUUGGGUGGUGGAAUAUAUACUAAGGGAGCUGAUGUUGGGGCAGAUUUGGUCGGGAAAGUUGAGCAGGGUAUUCCUGAAGAUGACCCACGGAAUCCUGCAGUUAUUGCUGAUUUGGUUGGAGACAAUGUUGGGGACUGCGCUGCUCGAGGUGCUGAUUUAUUUGAAAGUAUAGCUGCAGAAAUCAUCAGUGCAAUGAUACUUGGGGGUACAAUGGCUCAGAAGUGCAAAAUUGAAGAUCCAUCUGGUUUUAUUCUAUUUCCUCUAGUUGUUCACUCGUUUGACUUGGUAAUAUCAUCAAUUGGUAUUCUAUCGAUCAAGGGAACUCGCAAUGCUACUGUGAAAUCUCCAGUAGAGGAUCCAAUGGUUGUGCUUCAGAAAGGAUAUUCGCUGACUAUUAUAUUAGCUGUUUUAACAUUUGGCGCGUCGACUCGUUGGCUGCUAUACACUGAACAAGCUCCAUAUGCUUGGUUGAAUUUCUUCAUGUGUGGCUUGGUUGGCAUUAUCACAGCCUAUGUCUUUGUCUGGAUAUCCAGAUAUUAUACUGACUAUAAGUAUGAGCCUGUUCGGACGUUGGCUCUUGCUAGCUCCACUGGUCAUGGAACCAAUAUAAUUGCUGGGGUCAGCUUGGGUCUAGAGUCCACGGCUCUUCCUGUUUUAGUUAUAAGUGUAGCUAUCAUUUCUGCUUUUUGGUUGGGAAAUACCUCGGGAUUAAUGGAUGAAAAGGGAAACCCCACUGGAGGUCUAUUUGGAACAGCUGUAGCUACAAUGGGAAUGCUGAGCACUGCAGCUUAUGUUCUUACAAUGGACAUGUUUGGCCCCAUAGCUGAUAAUGCAGGUGGCAUUGUUGAGAUGAGCCAGCAGCCAGAAAGUGUCCGUGAGAUCACCGAUGUUCUUGAUGCUGUUGGGAAUACCACAAAGGCAACAACAAAAGGGUUUGCUAUUGGAUCUGCUGCCCUUGCAUCAUUCCUUCUUUUUAGUGCCUAUAUGGAUGAGGUUUCAGCGUUUGCUAAUGUGUCUUUCAAAGAGGUUGAUAUUGCGAUCCCAGAAGUCUUCAUCGGUGGGUUAUUAGGUGCCAUGCUUAUAUUCCUGUUUAGCGCUUGGGCUUGUGCAGCAGUUGGUCGAACUGCACAGGAGGUUGUCAAUGAAGUAAGAAGACAGUUCAUUGAGAGGCCUGGCAUAAUGGACUACAAGGAGAAGCCAGAUUAUGGUCGAUGUGUUGCCAUUGUCGCAUCUUCAGCUUUGAGGGAAAUGAUAAAACCAGGAGCUUUGGCUAUAAUAUCACCCAUUGCAGUUGGUUUUGUGUUCCGGAUCUUGGGAUACUACACAGGACAACCUCUGCUAGGAGCUAAAGUAGUAGCUGCAAUGCUAAUGUUUGCAACGGUGUGUGGUAUCUUAAUGGCUCUUUUCUUAAAUACAGCAGGAGGUGCUUGGGACAAUGCAAAGAAAUACAUUGAGACAGGAGCUCUAGGAGGCAAAGGAAGUGAUUCUCAUAAAGCUGCAGUAACUGGUGAUACUGUGGGAGACCCUUUCAAGGACACAGCAGGACCGUCGAUUCACGUUCUCAUCAAAAUGUUGGCGACUAUCACGCUUGUCAUGGCUCCAAUCUUCCUCUGAUAAAAGACAUCUUAUCCUUUUUGCACAUAUAUAGAGUGAGUGAAUGAGUGAGGUAGGUUUAUGAAUUUAUGCAACAUGGUUUAAUGGUUUUUGUUUGUUCUCGCCUCUGCAUUAAGUAUGGUAGUUUUGUCUUAAAUCAAUGAUCCUAAUUCCU